UAUGAUCAGGACUGAGCGCUCUAGCCUCUGUGAUAUCUGAAUCAGUUUCUUCUAUUACUGUGGCAAUGGAUAAUUCCUUUGAUGUUAUUGUGCUUGGCACCGGUCUGACCGAGUCUAUUACUGCUGCUGCUCUCUCCAAAGCUGGCUUCAAAGUUGCACAUAUUGACCCCAAUUCAUAUUAUGGUGCAGACGAAGCAUCCCUCUCAUUAGAUGAACUUGUGCGAUGGAUUGAUCACCGUAAAGAGGACAAUCAUUCCGUGUCUCAUUAUGGUGAAGUCCCACCUCAUGCCAGACAGUACUCAGUCUCAUUGGCUCCUUCGGUCAUUCCAUCUAUCGGCCCUUUCAUUUCGUCCCUCAUCGCGUCUGGCGUUUCUCGCUACGGAUCUUUCAAGCUCCUUGGUCGCGUUGUCAUUUAUGACGGUGGUAUAUUGAAAGAUGUGCCUCAGAGCAAGGAUGAUAUCUUUCAGAGCAAGGUGAUGAGUCUCUUAGAGAAGAGGAGGGUCACGCGUUUCCUUUUGUUUGCUGCUGGGAAAUUCGAGAAUAGCAAGGAGCUGCAUGGCCAAGAAAAUCUGCCCUUGCUUGAUUUCUUGCAUAGGAUUUUUUCGCUCAGUGAGGCAACUGCUCGAGCCGUCGCCUAUGCCCUGGGAUAUUGCUGGUUUAUUUCAGAAACGACUCUUCCCGCUCUGCAUCGUAUUCGCGCUUACCUGAAGGCAUCUGGUCGGUAUGGGCCGUCCUCAUUUCUCGUUGGCUACUAUGGUAGCUCGGGUGAAAUCGCGCAAGGCUUUUGUCGCGCAGCUGCUGUGGGGGGAGGUGUUUAUAUUCUAGGACGAUCUAUUACAAGUAUCUCGUCUGUCGAUACCAUCGAGCCAGAAUACCCCGUUUUGACACCCGAUCUGCCUAGGUUCGCUAUUGAAGUUCACGACUUUCCAGACCUUCUUCACUGUCGAUGCCUGAUAUCAUCGACUUCACUUCUACCAGGACACCUUCGCACUCUAGCAGAUGUCAUCCGUCCAAGUUUAUCACCAUGCGGCUCCCCGCAGCCAUUUGCGAUGGCGCGAUGUAUCGCCAUCGUCGAUGGACCAAUUACUUUGUCAUUGGAGACUGAGGAUUCGGGAACGUCAGAUGCAUCGGAUUCUUCGCUUAUUGUCUUUCCGCCGGGGUCAUUGAACGGGGGAUCAGCUAUUUCUGCUGUGCAUGUUAUGACAGCGGGUCCAGGUACGAUGUCAGCCCCUUCUGGGAAAGGCAUCCUGUACAUUUCAAUGCCUCUUCCCACCAAUUCCGUUCAUUCGGCUGAGAUCCUUUUACGCCCUUACCUAACGGCUGUUCUCUUAUUGUUUCGAUCUGAGCAACAGCAGCAGCAAACAUUGAUUUGUUCUACAUUCUAUAUGCAGGAACUUGUUUCGUGUACAACAAGCACCUCAGAUCCAUUGGUAGGGCUCCUGGCUGUACCUUCAUUAAGCCCACAUACAACACAGGGGGUAGAUGAAGCUGCAAUAGUUGCUGAGGCUACCUUCAGAAAGGCAACAUCUUUUCUUAAUGGAGAAACAAAAGAUAUUGAAGGAUGUGAGCACCAUGUGUUUUGGCCUGUGUUAGCUGAGAUGGAGGAAGAAGAAGGCAAUGUUAUGCAGUGGUAGAACAAAUGAUACAAGGGAACUGUUUGCUUAUGGACAGAAAUUCAAUACUAGUACCAUUGUUUUGUUUUACACUACUUGUCAUAUACUGGUUGUAUCUUUUCUACUGUCAGGGCAUAGUGUUAAUACAUCUUAUGUGGACUACUAUCCAUAAGUCCUCAUACAUUUUCUUUUGUUAUAGUCCACUGUCAAUGAAAAAUGAAGGAUCUACACUACAAAACUGGAAGGAGG